AUGAAGCUUGCUAUGCUUCUUCCAUUGUGCUUCCUUCUCUUUGUCUUCAACACACAACCAUUACUAGCAGCAGAACCAGAACCAGUGGUUGAUAAGCAAGGAGAGCCAUUGCAACCUGGAGUAGGGUACUAUGUGUGGCCACUGUGGGCUGAUAAUGGAGGCCUAGCAUUGGGACACACAAGGAACAAGACAUGCCCUCUUGAUGUUAUCCGUGACCCUUCUUUCAUUGGUUUGCCAGUGACCCUUUAUGCACCAGGUCUUGAUUACAUUCCAACACUCACUGAUCUCACCAUUGGUUUCAAUGUGAAGACCACUUGCAAUGAGCCAACAGUGUGGAAGCUAAGCAAGGUAGGUUCAGGGUUUUGGUUCUUGAGCACUGGUGGUGAAGCUCAUGCCAUCACUAGCAAGUUCAAGAUUGAGAGGCUUGAAGGAGAACAUGCUUAUGAGAUCUAUAGCUUCAAGUUUUGUCCCACUGUGCCUGGUUCUGGUGUUCUGUGUGCUCCUGUUGGGAGCUAUGAAGAUGCUGAUGGAACCAAAGUUAUGGCUAUAGGUGAUGAUAUUGAAACAUACUAUGUUAGGUUUCAGAAGGUUUCUACUUAUCCUCAGGAGAAGAAUCAAGGGUUUAGCAGUGUUUAG